CGUUCGGCCCGGUCCUCGGCAUGGCGGCAAUUCUUUGCAGGCAGUGCCUCCCUCGGGGGUGGCUCUGCAGGAGAACCAGGCAGGGCUGCGGCCGGCACUACCGCGCCGCGAUUUGCGCAGAGUUGAAGAAGCCCCUGACCAUUGAAGAAGUGGCCCCCCGCCCCGUCGGGCCUCACGAGGUCAGAGUUGAUGUCCAUUUCUGUGGCAUUAACUUUGCUGAUAUUUUGGUCUGCCGUGGUCAAUAUCAGGAAAAGCCCCAUCUUCCCUUCACACCGGGAUUGGAGUUUUCUGGGACAGUAUUGGAGACAGGCACACAUGUCAGCACAGUUAAAGAGGGAGAUAGAGUUAUGGGCAUGAGAAACUUUAAUUGUAUGGCUGAAGAAUGCAUCGCUGAUCAGAAGGACCUGUGGCAGAUCCCAGAAAAGGUCUCCCUACAGGAAGCUGCUGUCCUCCCUAUAUCCUAUGGUACUGCGAUUUUUGCUCUUGAGCAUCGGGCCCAUACACAGCCUGGAGAAGUUGUUUUAGUGACAGCAGCAGCUGGAGCCACAGGCCUUGCAGUGAUAGAUGUGGCAACAAAUGUUCUUCGGGCCAAGGUCAAUGAUGCCUUCCUUCACGUGAUACAGGGGAAAUCCAUGGGCAAGGUGCUUCUCGCUCUUAAAUAAAUCCUCACCUCAGCAGCAAAGUUAACAUGUCCAGAUCAAAACUCAACAUCUUUCCCGGAAACCUGAUUUCCCUUCUGUGUUUCCAAAGGUGUUACCACUUUUCUUACUAAUCCAAGUUUAGAAUCUUGGAGUUACCUUUGAUUCUGUUUACUAAUUGCUCCUAAUUAAUGUGGUUAUAUAAUUUAUUGUCCAAACUUGGACCUUUUUGCGAGUGAAAGGAUGCCAUUAGUCAUUACAUCAGGAAAACAUACCCCAGGCAGACCAGAAGGUAUGGUCAGCCUACUUGAUGUUUUAUGAAAUGUAUUAUGAAAUCACUAUUGCCAAGUUCUGUCAUUUCCACCUCUGGGAUAUCUCUCACAUUCAUAUCUUCUUUUCCAUUCUAUUUAUGCUUCAUCUGCUGUCACCAGUGACCUUCUAACUGCUUUUCCUACCUUUAAACUACUCUCACCACCUCCAUCCUUGUGAUGCAUUAUUGCCAUGGUGAUCUUCCUGAAGCUUAACUCUGACUAUGUCCCAUUUCAGAAAACCCACAGUGGCUCACCGUUGCUUGAUGGUGGAGUUCAGACUCUUUGAGCUAGCAUUUCAUUAUGACCAUGACUUUUCCCUGCACCACUUUGCAGCCUUAUGGCCCACAGUUCCACUGGGCCCGAAGUAUGUACUGAACUUUCCUGCCUCUCUUAUUUUGCUCUGCUUGUGCAAUUUUUUCUGCCCUCCAUUUCUGUCAAAUAUAAACCUUCCUGACCUCUAACACCUACGCCUGUCAUGUGCCUUUACCAUCAGGCAAGGGUCAAUCUCUUCUCUUCCUCUUCUACCUUCCUGUAGCUUCUCCCCAGGAGUUGUCACAUUCUGCCUUGAAUCAUAAGGAACAACAUGUGUAGUGGAAUGAACACAGGCCUCCGAGUCCAAGAUGUAAGUUUAAAUCCCAGCUUUGGAGGUGAUUACUUAAAGUCUCAGUGCCUUCAUUUUUCUUCCUAUAUAAAGUGGAUAUUACAAUAUUUACCUCGCAGAGUCAUUGGGAGCUAUACAUGCAGUGAUUGGGUAAAGCACCUGGCACAUGGCAAGCAAUUAGCAAAUUCUGGUUACUUCUAUUGCUUUCUCUUCUCUUUUCCCAGCAUAUCGUAAGUUCCUUGAGGGUAGGCACCAUGUAUGAUUUACCCUUGUACUUCCCACAGUAGUUUCCAUAGUGAGUUACCCUUAGUAAAUGCUCAGUAAGUUGAAUUGAACUUAAAUUACCUGUAAGUCUGGAAUUGUGGGAUUAAAUUAAGAAUAUGUUGCUCUAGAAACACCCAAAUGUCUAUCGAUGGAUGAAUGGAUAAACAAAAUGUGGUAUACACAUAAUUAAAUAUUAUUCAGCCUUAAAAAGGAAUGAAAUUCUGAUAUGUGCUACAGUAUGAUGAAGCUUGAAGACAUUAUAUGUGAAAUAAGCCAGACAAAAAAGGACAUACUAUGUGAUUCCACUUAUAUGAAGUGCCUAGGGUAGUGAAAUUCAUAGAAACAGAAAGUACAGGUUGACAUCCCAAAUCUGAAAUGGGAAACGCUCCAAAAUCUGAAACUUUUUGAAUGCCGACAUGAUGCUCCAAGAAGAUGCUCAUUGGAACCUUUCAGAUUUUAGAUUUUUGGAUUUGGGUUGCUCAGCUGGCAUAAAGCGAAUAUUCCAAACUCUGAAAAAAUAAGUCCAAAACACUUCUGAUCUCAAGAAUUUUGGAUAGGGCCAGGCAUGGUGGCUCACGCCUUUAAUCCCAGCACUUGAGGAGGCUGAGGCAGGCAGAUUAUCUGAGGUCAAGAGUUUGAGGCCAGCCUGGCCAACAUCGUGAAACCCUGUCUCUACUAAAAAAAAAUACAAAAAAUUAGCUGGGCAUGGUGGCAUGCACCUGUAAUCCCAGCUAUUCAGGAGGCUGAGGCAGGAGAAUCACUUGAACCCAGGAGGCAGAGGUUACAGUGAGCUAAGAUUGUGCCACUGCACCCCAACCUAGGCAAUAAGGGUGAAACUCUGUCUCAUUUAAAAAAAAGAAUUUUAGAUAAGGGAUACUUAAUGUGCAACAUAUGGAAUAGCAGUUGGAAGCUGGGGAGGAGAGAAUGGAGAGUUAUUGUUUAAUGAUACAAUGUUUCUAUUUAGGAAGAUGGAAAGUUUUGGAGCUGUGGUGAUUAUGAUUGUGCAACAAUGGGAAGGUACUUAACACUGCUUAGCUGUACACUUAAAAAUGGUAAAAAUGAUAAAUUUUAUG